AUGGCUUCCACCGCACCCUUCGCGGUUCACAACUUCGUCGCCGCUGCCACAGGACUGCGUCCCACUAUGUCUGCUACCCUGAGACCCUCAUGGCAGGCGUUUGGGCGCAGAUCUGCCGUCGACAGUGCCAGACAGAUGCACACUAUCCCACCUUCCGUCUACAGUCCGCUCGCCCGCAAUGCUUCCAUCAAGUCGCACAUGGCAAGACAGUAUUCGUCUUUGUCGCGCAACGGUCCUCUCUCGCAGCUUCGUCAGCAACCCAGAUUCGGCAUGGUCGGCCUUGGUUUGGCGCAGCAGCGCUCGCUCUUCGGUGGUCCUUCGCGGGACCAGCUCGCUCGUCUGGAGGAGGCUGCCAACAACAACCCCAACAGUGCAACCUCUCAGGCUUCUUUCUACUCAGCUGUCAUGCGCGCAAACAUGCCGCAAAUCGUCAUCGAUCGCUACAACACUGGCCAAUUCGCCACAAACGCCGUCUCGGACCGUCUCUAUCGCCAAGCGCUCGAGAAGACUGGCCAGUCUGCUGCUAUCGGAAGCGUACAAGGAGCCAACAACGGCCUAACGCCACAGCAGAUCCAGGCUGUCAGCCAGGCCGUAGGUGCUAACAUGGGCGCAGGCCAGAUUGGCAAGGCUCGCGGUGGUGUCGGGGUCAAGAGCGAUCCUGUCUACGUUGUUGUCGAGGAAUCCAUGUGGAAUGUCAUCUUCAAAUGGGUCAGAUGGCUUGCUGGCUUUGCGCUGGCUGCUUACGUCUCCUUGAUCUUGAUCACCCUCUUCGUUGAGACCAGCGGCGUCUUAAAGAAGGUUGGUGGCGGCACCAGCGCCGAGGUUCGUCCAGAGCACCAGAACACUCGUUUUAGCGACGUCCACGGUUGCGACGAGGCAAAGGAGGAGCUCCUCGAUGUCGUCGAUUUCCUGAAGCAUCCCGAGCGUUACAAUAAGCUUGGCGGCAGGCUCCCCAAGGGUGUCUUGCUCAUUGGCCCUCCUGGUACCGGUAAGACACUGCUCGCUCGUGCUGUUGCUGGCGAGGCUGGUGUCCCGUUCUUCUACAUGUCUGGAUCCGAGUUUGAUGAGGUCUACGUUGGUGUUGGUGCCAAACGCGUUCGCGAGCUCUUCACUACUGCUCGAGCCAAGGCUCCUGCUAUCGUCUUCAUCGAUGAGCUCGACGCUAUAGGCGGAAAGCGCAAGUCGCGUGACGCUAACUACCACCGCCAAACCUUGAACCAGCUUCUCAAUGACCUUGAUGGCUUCGAUCAGAGCACAGGUGUUAUCUUCAUCGCUGCUACCAACCACCCGGAACUCCUCGACUCGGCUUUGCUUCGCCCUGGCCGUUUUGAUCGUCACGUACAGGUUGAGCUCCCUGAUGUUGGUGGCCGACUUGCUAUCCUAAAGUACCACACCAAGAAGAUUCGACUAUCGCCUGAAAUCGAUCUCUCCACAAUUGCUCGUGGUACACCUGGCUUCUCUGGUGCCGAACUUGAAAACCUUGCAAACUCCGCAGCUAUCCGUGCUUCUAAGCUCCAGUCCAAGUUUGUCUCGCUGAACGACCUCGAAUGGGCCAAGGACAAAAUCACUAUGGGUUCCGAGAAGAAGACUCGCACGGUCCCUCUUCAGGACAAGAUCCACACUGCUUACCACGAGGGUGGCCAUGCUCUUGUUGGUAUCUUUACCAAGGGUUACAGCGAUGUCCACAAGGCCACCAUCCUGCCCAGAGGUCACGCUGCCGGUAUCACGUUUUUCUUGCCUCAGGAGGAGCACCACCACACUCGUUCACAAUAUAUCCGCCAAUUACAGGUCUGCAUGGGAGGAAAGAUGGCCGAAGAGAUCAUUUUCGGCGCGGACAAUGUGGCUGACGGUGCUUCUGGGGAUAUCCAGCAAGCCACUCAGCUGGCCUACAGCAUGGUCACCGCGUGCGGUUUCUCAGACACACUUGGCAACGUCGAUUUCAAGUCAAACUACGAGAUGGUCUCACCGGAGACCAAGCGUCUCAUCGACAACGAAGUGCGACGCUUGAUUGACGAGGCGAGGUCGAGCGCAAGGGAUUUGCUGGUUUCGAAGCGCCCUGAGCUUGACCGACUGGCUGAGGCUCUCGUUCAGUACGAGACACUGGACAAGGAGGAGAUCCUCAAGGUGAUCAAGGGCGAGUCGCUACCGAAUCGCAUCAAAUCAUCUCCUGACGCACCUAUCAAGAUGCCCACAAGACUGCUCCCCUCGCCGGUAGCACCGCCCGUGCCCGGUACCGGCAGCGAGGGUGGACCGCCAGGACCGAGCGUAGUCGCGUAG